AUGGUCUUCGAGGUUGGCGUAAAGCUGCUGAAGGAGUAUGACGACGAGGGAUACAACCGAGUAUUCAGCCAACCGUUCACCGGCUUUCCGAAAGGUGUUGGCUUUAAUAAUGACGAUCCCUUUUCCCUGGCGCUGCCGCACUUGGCCGGGAAGUGGAAGGGACGCGGAAAGGACAUGGAAGAAGCGAGACUGCAGAGCGCCUACGACGGCGCGGCCAUUGUCUAUGCCAGGAACCAGGCCCUUUCCUAUAUCGGAAAACCUGACACCCCCGGCCACGCCGAAGUCACAACUUUCACCACGGACGGCACUAAUAUCAACUUCUUUGCACACUAUGCUGCACCUUCAGAGGAUGGUACGCUGGAGUAUCAUCAGUAUCAGUACGCGUCGGCAAACGUAAAGGACUCUCACCAAGGGCAUAAGGACGGCCGAAGAGGGCUCAGGAAUCAACAAGACCACGCUAGGGAACAGUCAUACGCCUUGAGGGAUCAGCUGAAGGAUCACUGGAAACAGAGUCGUGACCUCCAUCCCAUUACCGAAGAUGCCCAAAUACCCGCAAUUGACAGCACUCGAGCAACCCUGCCAGCCUACUCCUGCGGCAUCAAGCUCCGUCUCAUUGAAGUCACUCCCACCCGCUGA